AUGCGUGUAUCAGGACGAGUUUUGGUACUUAGUGCCGUUAUUAUUACAGUGAUAUCAGCCCUAUUUUGCAUUAUCGGUUUAUCGACAAAAGGAUGGCUUGGCGGUACUACUGGUUUAUUCUAUGAUGGAGCUUAUAAACCACCAGCUGCACUUUCUGUUAUUUCAUUUAUUCUUUUGAUUGUAUCGAUUAUUGCUCUGGCCUUACAAAUCUUUGAUAUAUUGAACGGUACUUUACGAUAUAUACCAAUUCUUAUAUUAUUCGUUGCAACUUUUUUUCUAUUGGCAUCAUUUUCUUCAGCAGCCGAAAGAGGAUUCGGUUACUCAUAUAAACUAAUGGUAGUGGCACAUUUUUUUUCAUAUGUAGCCUUAGCUAUAACAGCAUAUUGGCUUGGUCAAUCCGAUGUAACAACCAAUUAA